UUAUCAACAUCAAUAAUAAUGUGAAUAAUACCAAUAUAGACAACCAUGUAAUCAAUGUGAAUGAAAUGGAACAUUGUGAAAAUGAUGAUGAUGAUGAUGAGCAAAAUGACAAGCAAAUGCCCGAUGUUAGUGAUGAUACCACAAUGAUGAUUGCGACAAAUGCUAAAUUGAAUCAAAAUCAUCAUUGCCGUAAAGCAAUGAUCGACACCAUGAACGAUGAGAUUUCCAAUUUUCAACCAGAAUUGAAUAUAAAAUUGAAUCUUCAAGAUUGCCUCGUUUAUAGUAAUGAAAAUGUUGAUGGAAAUGGUUUAAUGGACGACGAUGAUAGUCAUGUUUUUUCUGAUGUUGAUGAUAAUGAUGAUGAUUAUAACUGUAAUGCGAUCCAUAGAAUUCAUAGUGAUGUUUGCAAAUCGAAUAAUCGUCACCGACAACAACAACAACAACAGUAUUGUGGUCGACAACAACAACAACAACCGUCCGUCGAAUACAUUGAUCGUACAUUUAAUCAUAAUGAGCAUCAAUCAGCUAAAGCUUCUGAUAAUAAUGAUGAUGAUGAUGAUGAUAGUAAUGGAAAAACCGAUUUGGUUCGAUAUCAACAACAACAACAAAAAGCACUGACAAUCAAUGAAGCUUCUACACAAAGUCAUUGGAAACAUUUUAAUAAUAGUCAGCAACAACAACAACAACAACAACAACAAUUUUUCACUAAUGCUAAAUUACCAUCGAACAAAACUAAUUUAUCAAGAUUAAAUUUUGGUAAAAUAACAAUGACCAAUAACAAUGAUAAUAUUAUAGCUAGUCAUGAAAAUGAGAAAAAGAAGAAUUAUCAUGAACAAAAACAAAAUUCAAACAAAAAUGAUGAUGAACAUAAUAAUAAUAAUAAUGCUGCUGCUGGUACUGCUGUUUUUGAAUCCAAUGAAAUGAGUUAUAAUCGUGACGACAAUGAUUAUCAUGAUGAUGAUCAUAUUGAUCAAAAUGACGAAUCACGUGUCAAUAGUAAUUUGAUGAUUCCGAUCACUGAUCAACAUAAGCAAAAAGUUACAAAAAUUGCUGAUAUUCAUCAUUCUGAUGAUAAUCAACGUGAUAGAUUUGACUGCAAUACUAUGAGUGAUGAAAAUGAAUGUUUUGUAUUAUCUACUAGCCAUACAACCAAUAUUGUUAAUGAUAAUAAUAAUAAUAAUAAUAAUAAUGUUGAUGUUGACAAUCAAGAAAAUAAUUUAAAUUUAUUCAAUUUACAAAAAAUCGAUCAACUAAGGCCAAAAUUGAUUACAAUGAAAUUAAACAACAACAGUGAUGAUCCGAAUCAAAUAUUGAAUUAUUCAUCCGAUAAUAAUAUUGCUGAUACAACUAGAAAAUGUGGUACAGAAUUUAUGAUGAUGAUGAUGUCUACAAAUGUUUCAUCAUUGAAAGCUAUGCAAAACAAUAAUAAUAAUAAUAAUAAUAAUAAUGAUUCGAUGAACAAUGAUGCAUCAUCAUCAAUGAUUCGCAAAAAAUUAUUAACAUUACAUUCACCAAACCUAAAUGAUAAUGGCAAUCGUUUCAAUAGCUUAAACAAUUCAAUAAAUAGUGAUGAAAUAACCAAUGCAUCAAUGAAUACGGUUCUAUUAUCAUCAUCAUCAUCAUCAUCAUCGCCUUCAACAACAACAACAACAAAAACAUUGGCAAAUAAGUCAAGCGUAACACAUACUGAUGAUAGAUCGACAUUAAACAUACCUAAUACUGCAUGGAAACAGCAACAACAACAACAACAAAACAUAAAUGAUGAAAAUUUGGAUCAAAAAAAUAAUUCAUCAAACAUAAUAAUGUAUGAUUGGAAAAAUGGCGAUGAUAAACAUUUUGAACAAAUUGAUAAUUCAAUUAAUUCUUGUUCUGAACAAGAAUCAAAAUCAUUGAUGGAUAAACAUACUGUUAAAUAUGAUGAUAAUGAUGAUAAUAAUGAUAAUACAAUUAUGUUACCAAAAUCAUUACCGAUUUCAAUACCAAAACCAGUACAAAAAUCAAAUCAACAAUUAUUUGGAUUUUUUGGCGCUUAUCAUCAACAACAACAGCCAAUAGAUUUAGAUCAUCAUCAUCAUCACCAUUAUCAUCUAUUUCAUUCACAUGAUCGUCAAAAUAAUCAUCAUCAUUCACAACAGCAGCAGCAAUUAUCACAGCAAAAUAAACCAAUAAAUACAAAUAAUAUGUUUAUAUCAUCAAAUUCUGUUGAAGAAUUUAAUCAGGAAAUUGCUGAAUUAAUGGAAAAGAAUCAAAUUGAGUGUGAAGAAAAUAAUGGUAAUGAUAAAAUUCAUCAACCAAUGUCUACAAUAGUAACAAAUGGGGGUAGACGUGCACCAGUUACUGAAUUAUUAAUAGCUGCCGCUGCCGUUGAUUCAUCAACAUCAUCAUCAUCAUAUCCUGGUGAUUUUGUAUCUAGUCCAAACGGAAGUUUAUCAACUAUAGCCCAAAUUGAUUGCUGGCAAGAAUGGUCGAUUGAUCAAUCUUGUAUGCCUUUUCUAUGUGAUGACGUAGAUGAUGAGCCAACAUCACCAUCAUUGGUGAUGACCAAAAAUAACAGCAAAAAUAAUAAUAAUAAUGAUACUGAAUCAUUGUCCAUUGAUCAUUCAUUGACAAUACUACCGGAUCGAUUCAUAUCUUCAAAUAAACGAGUCCUUGAUGAGACUGAUAUUGAUCAAUGGCUUUCCGAUCAAGAAUCAUCGAUAACUAUCAUGAACAAUGUUCAUUCGAAUUUUAAUAAUAAAAACAACAAUAAAAAAGCCGAUUCAUCAAUUGAAUUCGUCGAUUUUCCGAAUGAAGCACAACAACAACAACAACAACAGCAUAAUAUUAUUGCCAAUAGUAAAUGUGCAAAACUUGUUACUAACAACAAACAGAAUUUUUCAUCACAAAUGUUGCCCAGUCCUAAAAUGAUCUCAUCGGAUAUUGUCGAUGAUAAUAUAUUCGAAAUGAAAGAACCACGAACGAAAAAUAAGCCAAAAUUAUAUCAGCCAACACAAUCGGAUGAAUGGUGUUCAACAAUUGCCGACAAUUUAUUUAUUGAACUUAGACAACAACAUUCACAACAUUAUCAUGAUUCUAAUCAAAAACAAUUCAAAUUGAAACCAAGUUUUCAAUCGGCUUUUUUACCAGUUUCGGCUACAACUGCUUCAUUUGUAACCACUAAUCGACGAAGAAUGCAAACUUCAAAUUGAUGAAUUUUUCUGCUAUUCUACAACAACAACAAUUACAAUACGUUUAUGAAUCAGGGCUUUACGUUAAAUUGAAAAAAAAACUUUCCGGUUCUCCAUGUUUGAUCAUUUAGAUAUAUGA